AUGCGUCUUUAUUGCCGCUAUUUUAGGCCAAGAAUACUCUAUUUACCCCAGGCCUUGGGGCCGCCAACCAUCUAUUCAACUCCUACCUUCGACCAAGAGGCUGGACCACCAAAUCACCAGAUCAUCGCCGAAUAUGAAGAGCGACUGGCGCCAAGUCAGGUGCACAAACUUCCGGCGAGCCUGCCGACUUUGUUUCAGCCUAACGCAAAUAAUUCCAACCAGCUCAACUUUGUCGAGGCGAACGAGCUCAGCAGUUUCUGCCUUUGUGGGGCGACUGAUCGAGUGUGCAGCUUAACUCAGCCUCCUCUAGUCCAGCGGAUUCCAGACCCCUAG